CUAUGCACGUAUUUCUCAAGCUGCUGUCAAAAUGUAGUUAUUUGUGCCAUGUGGCUCCUUUUUUUUCUCACUCUAUCUUUUUUUAUAUUUGGGAUGUGCAUUAUCUCUUUGCAACAUAUUUUACUAAAAUAGCCGAUCAAGCACAUUUAAUAUUCUGUUUCCUGCCAAAAUUUUAGCCCGGUAAUCCGAUAUUGUCAGACGUUGCAAGCAAAUUUUCGCACCCACGACCAGGGUUGCUCAUUGUCAUAGUGGCGUGCAUUUGGUUGAUCCAGUUCACGAUAUGUCAAAAUCUCCCUUUCCCUUGGUACCGUAGUUCUGUGUCUGUAUUCUGUAACCAAACCAUGUAUAUUCAUGGCUGGGCUUUUCAGGAUUGGCAUAACCACGAGUCACGAAAUCUUUUCAAGCUCGCCGAGCAUUCCAGUUUCAGUCAUUCAUGGCAAAGAUGGCACCCCGCCAUCGCUGUCUCUGACAUGCGGUAACGCGAAAUCGCGGUCACUGACAGGGUGAAGUCCUAGGGUGUUGGUUCUGGUAGACCCACUUCAGUUCCUCAUAACUCAACUGCUUCACGCUUCCCUCCAGAUGUUCUUGGUCGGAACUCACAACUACUUCACUCAUUCAAGCCUUCAAAUGCAUACGUGCAAGCAAACAUUCUUCAAUGUGUAUAAAACCCUACUCCUUCCAAUAGUUAAAUCAUCCAGAAUCACAAAGAAAUAUACACAGUUGAGCUCCAGAAACAAGCACAUCCAACCAACCCAAACCCAAACCCAAAGAUGUUCAGCUUCCCAUCACCAGUCGUUCCUGUCACCGUUCUUCUCAUCGCCACGCUCCACAUUGCCUCCAUCCAUGCACAGAUACCCGCCGCGGCGACGACAGGCGCCGCGGUCGCUGCGACAAACCCACAGUCAGGCAGUGGCGGCGGUGGUGUCGGCGGCAUAGGCGCCGGCGGUCCAGACGCGCCCCUGGAGCUCUACAUGCACGACAUCCUCGGCGGCUCGAGCCCGACGGCGCGGCCCAUAACCGGCUUGCUCGGCAACAUCUACAACGGCCAGGUUCCCUUCGCGCGUCCCAUCGGCUUCAGCGCGCCCAAGAACGGCGUGCCGAUCCCCAACUCCAACGGCCAGGUCCCCACGUACAACGGCAACAACGGCAUCCCGCUGGACACCGGCCUCUCCGGCGGCGCGGCCGCGGCCGCGGCCCCGGCGCAGGUGCAGCUCGGCCCCGACGGGCUCAGCCUCGGGUUCGGCACCAUCACCGUCAUCGACGACGUGCUGACGAGCGGGCCCGACCUCGGCGCGCAGCCGCUCGGGCGCGCACAGGGCGUGUACGUGGCGAGCUCGGCCGACGGGUCGUCGCAGAUGAUGGCGUUCACGGCCAUGAUGGAGGGCGGCGAGUACGGCGACACGGUCAACUUCUUUGGGGUGUACAAGGUGGGCACCCCAUUGUGCCGGCUGUCCAUCACCGGCGGCACCGGCAAGUUCAAGGGCGCCUGCGGGUUCGCCGAGGUGCGCCCGCUCAUCGCCUCCGGACAGCACGUCAUAGACGGCGCAGAGACGCUGCUGAGGAUCACUGUCCACCUUGCUUAAUUUGUAGGCCAUGAUCAGUUUCUGGUGGUUUCACGCCCGGGGUGGUUGUUUUGGACUUGUCAUCGGCGCAUGCAUGUAUUGUUUGCGUCUCGUGAAUCGUGAUGUGUAACUCUAAGUGUGUGUUUGCAUCUGCAGCGACUAUGAAUUAUGAAAGCUGUAAAAUGUUGGGUUAUCCAUUUGUACAUCUGUUUGCAACGGAAAAACAUCAUGUCCAACAACAAUCGC